UGGGAUUAUAGCAUUCCCAUUUAACUGAAAAUCAACAUACAGCAGACAUUGGAAAUUUGAAACAAAACCAGAAAAUGCUGGAAACAUUCCUCAGGUCAGGUAGUGUCGGCGGGGGAGGGAGAUGGAGCUUGUGUGCUCUGGGAUCGAUGCAAGGAUUUUCUCAUUUCUGUUCUGUUGAAAUUCUGCUCUUUGACAAUUAAUCCUUGGUAAAUCAGGCCCAGUUUCAAUAGCAGAUAAUCAGGGUGAUGGGAAGGGAAAGAGGUUGAUUUCCAGGGGAAAUGCUGCCUGUCCCUGCACAGGAACCUCUGCUGAUUGUGGUCCGAGUUUCUUCUGUCUAACCCAGGCUCCAUAUGGCUGGCCCAUAAUAUAUCAACCCACCAAAGUCUAAUUAUGAAGCUUAAAACAUUCUGAAGAUAACUUUAUGUAAACAUUUAACAAAAUGAAGCCAGUUAAAAUAUCCCUUCAACCGGAAGUGUUGACUCUGUUUCACAGAUGCUGCCUGACCUGCUUGUAUUCCCAGCAGUUUCUGCUGUUCUGUUCAGCAUCCGCUUGUUUUUGAGAUUUUUUUUUAAUAUUUACUAAUGACUUCAUGUCUUUAUUACAGCGUCUGCUAUCUGCUCCUCACAGGACACACUCUCUAGACCCCUAUCCCCGCCCACACAGACUCCAACGAUCUCGUGGGCUUUUAUCUAAGCAGUCCGUAUUUUUUACUGAACCUUCCUCUGCAGCUGCUGACCUCCCGUAUCGAAUGUGAACCUCUGCCAGCGGGUCUGUCCUGACUGAGAGAUUGUAGAUUGCAUCCCGCUUCUGUGAUUCGGUUUGUCGAGGGGUUUUGUUUUUGCUCAUAACCACUUUGCAAAGUCCAUUAGACUGUGGUUCCGUCUCGUAAACUCUGCUGACGGUAAGAGAGCGGUGUAGAAGUGUGUCUUAUCAAACUCCUAGCAUCCGAUGGCUGGACCUUUCUCACUGGGAGUGUUCUAAUCAUUGCUGCCUCUCCCUCGGGCCAUACUAAUGCUCCGCUGUUUCGCUGGCCUUCCGGCGGAAUUGGCCCCGCUCUCUCAGACUGAUUUAACGCUGUGUUUUCUCAUUCGGAGCAGUACGCCCAUUGAGCAUGCGCAGGCCACCUGGUCGCUGCUGGACUCGGCCACGCCCUCCGCCCCGGCCAGCCAGCCCGCUGCAGCUAACCCGAUGACGUCGCCCGUGUCUCCGCCCACUGCCGCCGUCGCCGCCAAUCAGGAUCGUCCCGCUGCUCCCGGCUCACCUGCUCGGCAAAGUGACAGCUUCAGAAGCAGCACCAUGGUGUCUGGGCCGGCAGCUCCUCAGACUUAUCCAGAAGCCCCAGCGCCUGCUUCCAAGCCAAAGGUUGUCAGCACCGCAAGUAUCAGACCUGCUCCCUUCCAUCCACCCAAAGCCCCUGCAGCACAGAUGCACAGCAGCACGGCUGCAUUUAACGUCAGCAGGCCUGCUGCAGCUCCAGGAACCAUGCAGCCAGCUGCCGUACCGCCGAGUAGCCGACCACCGUGGAUAACCGAUGACAGCUUUGCUCAGAAGUUCCAGGCUGGGAAAAGCACCACCACGCUCACCAAACACAUCCAACCUCUGCCGCAUUCUGCACCUCCAAAGCCACCGGUGUCGACACUGCCUGCAACCCCUGCCCACGAGCCCACGCACGCCCCACUGCCAGGGCAAACAGCUGGGGGCAUCCGCAACCUGGUGCAGAGGGCUGAGCGGUUCCCAGCCAGCAGUCGAACUCCCCUGUGUGGACAGUGUAACAGCAUCAUCAGAGGACCUUUCCUUGUGGCCUUGGGCCGCUCCUGGCACCCAGAAGAGUUUAACUGCACUUACUGCAAGACCUCACUGGCUGAUACUGGCUUUGUGGAGGAGCAGAACAAUAUUUACUGUGAGCGAUGCUACGAGCAAUUCUUUGCUCCAAACUGUGCCAAGUGCAACACAAAGAUCAUGGGGGAAGUGAUGCAUGCCUUGCGACAGACCUGGCAUACCACCUGCUUUGUCUGCGCCGCCUGUGGGACAUCUUUCGGGAACAGUCUCUUCCAUAUGGAAGAUGGAGAGCCCUAUUGUGAAAAAGAUUACGUUGCCCUCUUCAGCACUAAGUGCCAUGGCUGUGACUUUCCCGUGGAGGCUGGAGACAAGUUCAUUGAAGCUCUGGGAUAUACCUGGCACGAUACCUGCUUCGUCUGUGCUGUGUGCCACGUGAACCUUGAGGGUCAGCCAUUUUAUUCCAAAAAGGACAAGCCACUCUGCAAGAAGCAUGCUCACGCCAUUAAUGUUUAAACAUCAGGGACCAUCGAAGGAAAGAUCCUGGCAGAGAGAGCACAGCUCUUCCAACCAACAGAACCAACAACUUCCUUUUAAGUCUUUUUAUUCUUUUUUUUUUGUUUUAAUGAUGUUUCGAAUAAUUUACCUGAGAUUGUGCGUGGUUGAAAGAAAUUAGUUGCUGGGUGGGAUGUACAGUCAGAAUAGUAUCAUCCCACUAUGCGUAUUCAAUACUAACAAAACUCAUUGCACAUGACUAGAAAGUUUACAGAGAUAAGCUUGAUGAAUGCUAUUCCUCUGAUCCUGAUCUGAUGGCUAUUUUUGCUCAAAGCCAGCAAGUUUCCAAUUCAGUGAUAGUGUCUGCACCUGCAUUAAAUAGCCAUCAUUCAGACUGCAUCUGCACUAACUGUGUUCAAUGGCCUAGUCCUGUCCUUUUUUAUAAGUGCCCUGCCUGGCUCCUGGACUUAAUUUGAUACUCGUUGGUUUUCGGUGUCUUGUUUGAGUCUGUACAGGGAUUCAUGGAACUGCCUUAGCUGAGCACUAACCAUGUUUCCGAUGCCUUUUCUUGUUUAGAUACUCUAAGAUAACUGUCUAAGGAGUAAAACCCUUCUUGUGGGUAUGUAUGAUAGCUGGUCUCCCAGUGCUGUCCCACAAUUUUAUGCCUGCUCAGCAUGGGGAUGAGGAGGGAGGCUUUACAUGUUUGCAGUGUGCAGCCGACCACACACGAUUCCUUCAGUGCUGUGAUCUCUGAUUCCAUAUUUAUGUUUAAAUAGUUACCUAAAGCCUUAAAACAAGCCUGGGCAGGCCAGCCCUCUUUUGCAAAGCAACCGGAAAGUUCCACAAAUCUUACUGGCAAUUACUGUGUUCUGCUGAAUUUUUUUUUAUGCUGCAAUUUUCCAAAAAUUGGCAGAACCAAGUUUAAGUGCAAAUUACACUGAACUACAAGUCUCCUUAAUCUACUGUGCACCUAUAAGAAUGUGGUUCUACCUACAAACCUGGGUAUGUUAUCAGAGUGAAUGUACCACUACUGGAAGUCCCUGCUGAAUACACUCUCUUGCAGAAAUUCAACAGCAGGCAGUGAUUAAAUUGGCUGUUUCAGAUGAGAGGACACAAUUAAUGUCUAUAAUUUAACAAUGUGGUAAUUUUAAACUUACUAAGAAAGUGUUGCUGUCUAAUAAUAUCAGCAUAUGGUUCAUUUUUAAUGUUACUUUAAAAUGGAAUUACUUUCAGCUAAUGGACAAGAUACUCUGAUUAAAAAUGCUUAUUUUUAGAGUCAU